CAAACUAAUAACUCCAUCCUCCCAUACAAUCUUUUAUUUUCCCCUCUAUUCUCAGAAAUCUAUCCAUCCAUCCAUCACCAUGUCUGACGUCGCUGAGACUAAGCCCGACCCCACCACCAGCGCUCCUGAGGCCGCUGAGAAGCCCGAGACCACCACCACCGAGGCCGUGGCUGAGGAGGCCAAGGCUGCUGCUGAGUCUGCCGCUGAGACCGUCAAGGAGACUGCCACCAAGACCACCGACAGCGUUUUCUCCAUGUUCGGCGGAGGUCCCAAGAAGGAGAAGGUCGAGGUUGAGGAUGACAAGGACGAGCCUUCUGGCUCUUCCAAGGCCCAGAAGGCUGAGGAGGAGGACGAAGCCCCGGAGUCCCCCGAUGUCCACUUCGAGCCCGUCAUCCGCCUGACGGAAAAGGUCGAGACCAAGACCAACGAGGAGCUGGAGGAGCAGACUUUCAAGAUGCGUGCUAAGCUGUUCCGCUUCGACCGUGAGAGCAAGGAGUGGAAGGAGCGUGGCACUGGUGACGUGAGACUGCUCAAGCACAAGGAGAACCAGAAGACCCGCCUUGUGAUGCGCCGCGACAAGACCCUCAAGGUCUGCGCUAACCACUACAUUGUUCCCGACAUGACGCUCAGCGCCAACGUUGGCAGUGACCGCAGCUGGGUCUGGAACGCUGCCGCCGAUGUUAGCGAGGGCGAGCCCGAGGCUUGCACCCUGGCCAUCCGCUUUGCCAACAGCGAGAACGCCAACCUGUUCAAGGAGGCUUUCGAGACGGCACAGAAGGAGAACGAGAAGCUCCUCAGCCAGCAGUAAAUGCGGGGAAUUCCAGCAGCUACGAAUCUUUCCCCUCCCAGCGGCAAAGUGAUAUAGAGGGCUAUCUUUAAUGCACAUUUCGAUCUCUCCUUUGCACUACGAAUCUGAUGUGGACUUCUUUUUCGUCAUUUACCUCUCUCAUCCCCCGCCCAUGCGGAUUCACUUUCCCAUAAUCCCCAUCGACCCUUAUUAUUAUCUCGUACCUUCUUCCCCUUUCCCCCUUACCCUUGACACGAUCUGUAUUCCUCCAUCCGUGAGGAGACAGAAUGAUGAGGCCGGCUCUGUCGAGAUUCGGAGUCGAUGCAUGUACAGACAGAUUCGACGUGGUUUGACCCCGAGGUUGAAAGUAUGUCCUCAGGCGAGUCGGCAGUAGAUAGACACCAUUUCCCCAAAAUACACGUAUGAC